AUGUCUUCAAAGUCCCCUCCAGUCCAGCACUAUAUCACUGAGGAGUUUCCAACAGAUCUGUUCGCGAAACCAACACUGAUUGAGACCAUGCGCCAACUGGAAUGCCCUGAUCAAGUCCUUCAAACUUGUAAGGCUAUGCGAAAAGGACAAAUGGGUAGCUUGGCUCGAUUCAUCUAUCGGACAGCUCUGCAUACUGCUAUAGGAAUGGACGACAAGGAAACCGCACAGAAGCUUGCUGAACAAACUUCCGGUUGGAACCUUACUAACUAUAACCUUGCCUUUCUAGCCAAAGACCACGGAACCGAAGCAUUAGAGCUAUUGAAAACGCUUGAACUGUUUUCUAAACCAGACGACAUUGCCGUUGUUCUUUUCCUCGCAGAUCUAAGGAAUGAGAAGGAAGUAGAAUACGCAAGGCGCAAUAUUCCUGUACCAGAAGGAUGGCAGAUUGGAUCAGACCAUGAGGUGGCAAUCAGAUGGCUAAGGGAACACACCGCCGACGAUGCCUGGAAUGAUAAUAUUCAAACUAUUAUCUGUUUCGCCGCAGAAAACGGGCAGACAAAAAUUGUGGAGGGCCUUAUUAAGCAAAACCCCAAGGUCGAUUGUCGCAAUGCACUUAGCUAUGCACUUUCUAGCGGUCAGACGGAUGUUGUGAAGAUCCUGAUUGAAAAUGGUGUCGACCCAGAUGAACCGAUUUGCUGGCCUCCAUCCUUAGUUUGUAACAAAUCUUCAGAUCGGCAGUCUUGGGAUAUUACUCCCCUUGCCUAUGCCUCGGUAACCGGGCACAUUGCCCUUAUUAGAUUAUUGCUAGAGAAAGGUGCUGAUGUAAAUUUUAAGAAUCGCCACGGUGUGACCACUUUUUUCGACUACGCAUGCAGUCUUAAUCCUGAUCCCAUGGUGGUGCAGAUUCUGAUGGACGGUGGUGCAAUUGUCAACAAAACAGACGAUGACGGCUUCACCGCUCUAAUGUGUGCCACAGAUCCUCAGGUAGUAAGGAUACUUUCAAGCAACGAAUCAUCUUUAUAUUUCCGGGAUGAAGAUGGGGAGUCGCCCUUGAUACAUCAGGCCGGAAAUCCGGAGGCAUUGCAGAUCCUGCUUCCCUGCUACACAAAGGAAUGUCUGGCUUUUCAUAAAGUCUUCUGGAGAGCGAUCAGCGUGUGUAAUCCGCGUGGUGCCCUUGUUUUGAUGGAAUACUGUGCCAAUAUCGGUCUAGAGCUAGACAUUGGAAAAAAGGAGGGAGAGUAUAAAAGAUUCAGAGAGUUGGUGAUCCUCUCCUUACGGUUCCUAGUGCGCUACGAUCCCAUCAACGACGAGCUCCAGCAGAAAAUCUCGGAAAUUGUGCAUGAAAUAAAAUGCUACCUCGAGUGCUACCUUCAAAAGCUGGAAAACGGAUACUCGGACAGGGCCGAAAUGGAACACGAGUUAAAGGCGAUCUCGGAUAACUAUAGAGCGCGGUAUACAAAUCACGAAGAUUUUAGCAGCGAUAUGGACGGCUAG